AUGCCCACAUGUGCUACCUUUUUCUCGUGCCAAGUAGCCAGCUCCAAAGCAGCGCUUUCUCCAUCAAAGCCGUUGAGCCAUGAACUUCUAGCCACUUUCCUGAUGAUUGGAGGCAUCGAGAGCAAUCCAGGGCCCUCAUUCAAAGCGGUGGGCAGCUCGAAAUCAGCGUCAGCCUUGGUCCCGCCUCUAUCGCAAACGGGCCCAAGGGUCAGUGAGAAGCACGUGGAGAGCGGUGAUGGGAACUCGAGAGUGACAGAAGUGUGGAUGGAGGGCCCCAUUGUCAGCCGAGCCUUUGACGCCGGAUCCCCCUUUCACGAGUUCAGCACCAACAUCCCGCCUACCCUUGCUAGAGAAGAGCGCUCUGACUCCAACGCCUCCCUCGAUGCCAGCGAGGAACUCAUGAAUCCUGCUGCCACUGUCACGAGGGACGGCAACUCCUUGCAGCAGGCACCUCCUGAUAGCACGAGCGCCAUGUUGUUGCCGAGCCAAAGGGGCGUGAAGCGGAAGCAGGAAGAAGAGCCUUGCUUCUCCUUCGAACAUCAUCAUCCUUUGGACGAAGACUUCCUCGGCCAGCUCUGGUUCCACAAGAAGGCACCAGCCGUUGUGCACCAGCAAGCACAAGAGCACGCUCUGAUUGGAUCCUGUGACUUGUAUUCCUCCGGGGGGCAUAAGAAGUUUUCGAGCUUUGCGAACGCUGGCGUCUUCGUGGGUUAUUUGGAAAGGCUGCGGGCAGAGGGUAUCGUCCUGAAUCACUACGAAUGCAUCGACGCGCAUACCUCUUCGAAGUUUUAUGUUGACAUCGACUAUUCAACAAGGGGCCGGGACGAAGGAGAUUUCCAAGAACGUUUCGAACAUUGCGACAUUGUGCUGCGUGGCUUCCUCGAGCAGGUCCUCAAGGUCCCCUCGGAAGCAAUUGCCUUUCAGGUUGCGACCGCCCAUGGGAAGCACAAAAACGGAGGGUAUAAGUUCAGCGCCCAUGUCUGCCUGCAAGGCUUCUGUCUGAAGGACUCGUCCACCCGAGUCGAGUUGAAGAAAGCCCUGGCUCUUUUCCUUAAAAACCCCCCGAAGCAGCUGCGGCGGAGCUGCGAAUUCCUCUUCUUCCAAGACAAUAAGGAAGGAGUCUUUGUCGAGAAGUGCCUCAUCGACACAACCGUUUAUAGCUCGUUUCAGAACUGGCGCACCCUUUACUCCGAAAAGAAGGGGUCGGGCCGUCCUCUCGCGCCAACAGUCGGGAGCUCUCGCGACAUUGCGGACCACUUGAUCGGCUUUCACAGUCCAGCAGACAGAGCAGCGGCCUCGGAACUCGACGGCGACCUGCUGGCGGCUUACAACCAGCGGGCGGAACCUGCGGCAUCCGUCUCUCAGCACCCUGCGAGGGUUCCAGCACGAGGGCUCAGGGGAACAUUUGUGGAGAGAGCUCACGUGCAACACCCUCUGACGAAUGUGGAGAAAGACCGCUUGCUGCGAAGGUACCAGAGGGACCAUCCAGGCGCCUGGAUCCUCCGAGCUGAAGCCAUGGGCGAGGACGUCUUCACGGUGCACUUCGGAGUCAACACCCCCUUCUGCUGGAUAGCGGGGCGAGCGCACUCGUCUCCGGGGAACGCGUGCGGUUACCUGGUGUACAGCAGGCGCUCGCCAUCCAGGGCCUUCUACAGGUGCCAUUCGACGUCCUGCAGCGGCGCUGCAGUACAUGGCGGCAGCAGCACUGAGCGAUUACAACGGGUCCUGCAACUGGAUGCGGAGUGUAUCGUGUCCUGGAGCAGCGAGUACAACAUCGUCGGACGGAUGCUCGGGUACCCCGUCCCCAACCUUUGCCGUGAUGCAGAGCCUCAGACGACUCUCGUGAUGGCCAACAUGGGCGCGGGGAAGUCCAAAGAGCUCUUUCAUGGGCUAUUGCCCAAAUUGCCCGCCGAGGCUUCCGUCUGUCUGAUCGCUUCGAAUAUCGCCCUGGCUAGAAAAUACCACGAAGAGACCAAGAAGGACGGGCUAGAUUUUGUAUGCUACCUCGAUGAGGCAGGGGGGAAGAUAACUGCAAGGCGGGUGGUGGUUUGUAUCAAUUCGAUAGCGAGGGUACUGCCUUACUUCGAUCUGGUGGUCAUGGACGAAGUCAACUUCACGCUGACCAACAUGGCGUCAACUGUCAUGAAGGACAAGAAGCGGGUCUUUAUGGCCCUCGAGGGGAUUGUUGCUAGCGCAAAAGCGGCGUUUCUAUGCGACGCCCAUCUGAACUGCCCCCGCGUGGUAGAAUGGAUCCAAACCCUGCGGCACACGAGCCGUUUCUACACCAUCCGCAAUCUCGGCGUCUGGCCUUCGACCCGAAAGGCCUUCAUCAUGCCCAUGCCUGGACCGCUUGAGGGAAAGCGGCAGCCCAAGGAGACCUACUCUCUGGUAGUGGAGAGAGUUUUAGACCUUGUGGCAUCCGAGAAAAGUGUCAUGGUUCCCGCCACAAGCAAGAUGUUCGUCGAGCUGCUGGAGGCUGCGUUCAAGGUUCUAAUGCAGCAGAUACAGAGGGCGAGAGAUGCUGGAGAUAUCCAAAUUUUCUACGGCAAGAUCCCCAGCCGCCGCAUAAUUGCUUACCCGAGUACCAAAGAAGAGGUGUUUCGUAUGACGUUCUCAGGUUCGUCACUUCCACUUAUGCAUCUACCAACGGCACCCUCAGCAUGGCUAUCCACGAAGGGCAACAAACGGAAAAUGUCCAAGAGUAUCUCGAUGUGAGAAAUAGGCCAGCAAAUGGAGUUAAUUAUGCUUGGUGCGUGCUGGCGGCCUUAGCAGGCGUAGCUCCUGAAGAGAUCAACAACGCCGUGUUUGGGAGCUUUGAGAUUGUUGGUGGAGAUGGUGGGGAGGAGAAGCUGUUAGAAGUCUUUGAUAUGGGAGAGUUUGGAAGCUCUCUCGGUAAUCUAGAGGCCUUAUAUAGGCCGCGAACUUCUUUCGUGGGGGAGAAGCUGACCGCAACAAAAAAAAG